GUAGCUCCUAGACGGCCGUCGCAGCCGUGGUGCUGUCAUCGAGUGCGCGGCCCCGUCAUAAUGGCACGGGGAAAAGACAGUGGUUCAAUGACCCAAGCCGCCGCGUCGCCAAAGAGGUUUCAUUUUCGCAGUUCCCCGACACCACGAACGCCGAGCGAACGCGAGCAUCUUGUAGUGUAGUGGGGUUAGAGGAUGAGUUUACGUAACGCCUUCCGUCAUCGGUCUCUCGCCCAACGCUGCGUUUCCUGCGUGCUACGACGACGUAUCCCCGGCCUCGUCUCUGGUAGUCAAUCUGGCGACACGGUUUUUUUUCGAUGGUGGCGGCCGACUACGUCCUACGUGAUCCGAAUACGAUAUGACCGCGUCGUCACACGCCUCACGUCACUUGUCGCUCCAGUCCGCCGCCGCUGGACAUCGCUACCAGAGCGUGUAACGGCGCAGCAGCAGCAGCGUGGUCCCUGUGCAGGGAGGGUGUCCCCAUGUACCAGUGCCUGAAAUUUGUGGACCGAUUCAUCCGCAAGGACCACAAGCCCGGACUGGGCUCAGCCGGCGGCUCAGGUGGACCAGCAGGUGCAGGGCAGGUGUACCACGAGCGCCAGGUGAAGGAGCUGUGUGCCCUGCAUGCACUCAACAACCUGUUCCAGGACGGUCAGGCAUUCACCAAGGGCUCGCUCGACGACAUCUGCCACAGGUUCCUGUCACCCGACCACCUUGUCAACCCGCACAAGAGCAUGCUAGGCCUAGGAAACUACGAUGUCAACGUCAUAAUGUCCGCCCUGCAGCUACGCGGAUACGAGGCCAUCUGGUUCGACAAGCGCAAGGAUCCGUCAUGCAUUGACCUCAACAAAAUUGUGGGCUUCAUCCUGAACGUGCCGAGCGAGAUGAAGUUCGGCUUCCUCCAGUUUCCCCUCAGCCGGAAGCACUGGAUUGCCGUGCGCGAGAUCAACGGCACUUUCUACAACCUCGAUUCGAAGCUUGAGGCACCAAUCCCCAUUGGCAAGUCUCAGGAAUUGCUCCUGUACCUGCGAGAGCAGAUCAAGUGCAAGGAUCGAGAGAUCUUCAUCGUGGUCACGCAAGACAUUGGCAGGGUCAAGGGCUGCUACAUCGAGACGUCAAAGCCGACGCCUCCACGGCAGCCAUCGCAGCAGAGCAUGGCACCACGUGAACACACGUCGCGGACGAACUUGCGGUAGAGGUGAUGUUGCCGACCGAGUAUAGUGCGGCGGGACCCAACUGUGCCCAACAGAAAUCGUCUGGACCCGGAAGGCAGGACAAGACGGGAAGGGGAAAAGGAGAACUCAGGACUGCUACCUCCCUUCCGCGGGAUCUCUACAUUCUGCUGGACGUGGCUAUGCCAUGUCGUCUGCCACCAGCAUCCAGUGAUGUUCGCCCCAGUGCACCGUCUGCUAGCACGGUGCAUGUCACCGUGUGCUAGGUGGUGAACUGUUGCCUGCCAGCCACGAAAAAGAGGCCCCCGCAUUGCUGAAGUGAGCUUCUUCAUCCGGUGUUCUUGUUCAUCGCCUAAGCGGAUGCGACUUGUUGUCUGCUUUUUAUAUGCGCGAGGGUGCGAGCAGCUCUUUCACAUGUCCUACACUUAACGUGCCUGCCCAGUGAAGCUGUCUGUGCUUUUGCCUUGCUUACUUUCUGUACCGACGGCACAGUGGCAACCGAGAUUGUUUUUGCAGUUUGAAGUAGUUGCCCACUGAUGAACGAUGAUAAAAUUCCUGGCCAGUUCUUAAGGCUGCACCCUCCGCAGAGCCCUAGCACAUGCAAAGGUGCCGAUCAAAUGAACAAGAAGCUUGAGCAGUGCCUCUGUGCGUGAACAGCAACGAAUCUCUCGUCAGUUAGGCCUAACUUGUCUCCGGCGACUAGAGUCAAAGGCAUCGCUGAAGCUGCGUUGUUUGGUAGAUUGGUUCUGAGUCAUCCAAUGCUCGCUAAUUCUCUGAGCAUAAUAGUCGUACGAAUGGCUGGCUGGGACUUUUGAUGUUAGGGAGUAAGCUCGAUGCAGAAGGAUGUCCAGGGUGUUAUUGCACAGAUGUUAUGCACGCAUCAGGGAACCUCUUUAACACUUCAUUGUGCCAUCAACGGUGUCAUCUGUUUUGUUUCUUCUUUUUGUGGUCUGUUUUAUUUCUUAACCAGCAUCGUUCACUGCUAACAUGAGAGAUAUGGAAUCAAUAUUUAAAACUGCCUUUUUGUCUUA